CCCAUUCACCGGAUCAAACGGCGACGCAGGCAAAUCUAAAUCAGAUCGGGGAGAAAGAAGAACGAAGCAGCAGCAGCAGCCAACGAGGAAGAGGAGAACCAGGGGAAGAGGAAGAAGGAUGAGCGAGGAGGAAGGCAAGAGCAAAGGGGGACCGCAGCAAUACGGCACCUUCCAGGGCGCCCCCAGCUACGCCCAGCCCGCCAUCGGCUUCCCCCAGCCGGUGCCUCCCCCGGGCCACACCGCUGCGCACCCUUUCCCUCCGCCUCAGCAGUCUGGUCCUGCCUAUUACGCCCGCGGCUACCACGCUGUCCCGGGUUAUGCACCUGUUAUUGAAGUUGUUGAAGGAACACCAUUGAGACAGCCACGUCUCGCUUGUUGUGGCUUGGGCAUCGGUUGGCUUUUGUUCAUAGUUGGUUUCUUUCUACCUGCCAUUCCAUGGUAUGUUGGAGCUUUUAUUCUACUUUGUGUUAGAGUAGACUACCGAGAGAAGCCAGGGCUAGUUGCUUGCACAAUUGCAGCCAUCCUUGCUGCAAUUGCUGCUACUGUUGGUGCAACCAAGGGAGCUGAUGUGUGGUGAUAAAUGGUGUGAUUAUUGUGUAUAUGCAUUCUUUCCUGUCUCUAUACCUUGACUCUAGCAAAAAUAUUAGUUGGUGUUGUGGAUGUACUUGUAAUAUGUCAUGGUUCCUCAAUAAAUCACUGGUUCCUUGUAUUUUAA